AUGGCGGCGGGCGGCGGCGGGCCGCUGGUUUUGCUGGCGCUGCUGGCGGCGGGGGUGGCGGCGCGGCUGUACCGGGCCGGGGAGGAUCCGCUGAGCGUGUUGGUGGCCGGCACGGUGCGGCGAGCGCUGCUCAACUCCUCGGCCGCCUGGGUGGUGCAGUUCUACAGCUCGUCCUGCGGACACUGCAUCGCCUUCGCCCCCACCUGGCGAGCCCUGGCGGGGGACGUCAAAGACUGGGAGUCUGCAAUUAGAAUUGGUGUGCUGGAUUGCGGGGAAGAAGAGAACUAUGAGACGUGUAAGGAGUAUGGGAUCCACUUCUAUCCAACUGUAAGGUUCUUCAGAGCAUUUACAAAGCAGUUUACGACUGGAGAAAAUUACAAAGGAGCAGAUCGUGAGCUGCAAACAGUUCGCCAGGUGAUGGUUGACUUCUUGCAGAACCAUUCUCAGGAGUCAAGACCUCCUGCUUGCCCACCUUUGGAUCCAGUUUCGUCCAGUGAUGUUUCUUCUCUCUUUGACAAGAAAACCCCUCAUUACACUGCUAUUGUGGUCGAAAGUAAUAACUCCUACAUUGGCCGAGAGGUUAUCUUGGAUUUGAUCCAGUAUGAAAACAUUGUUGUAAAGAGAGCAGUGAAUUUUGAUAAGUCUUUCCUGGAGAAACUUGGGAUUACCUCAGUCCCUUCGUGCUACCUGAUGCAUCCUAAUGGGUCGCACGGGUUGGUUAACAGUCUGAAGCCCCUGCGGUCGGUCUUUUCUUCAUACCUGAAGUCGCUGCCAGGUGUAAGAAAGAAACUUCUUGCACCACUUGAGCUGCCUGCUAAAGGAAACAAGGAGGAGAGCGCAGAGAUGAAGCCGUGGAAGGAAUUUGAUAAAUCAAAGUUGUACAUGGCUGACCUUGAAUCUGGAUUGCAUUACCUGUUCCGGGUGGAGCUUGCUACACACAGGAUGCUUGAGGGAGCUGAGCUGAAGACCUUCAAGGAUUUUGUUACCAUUUCUGCCAAGCUUUUUCCUGGCCGUCAGCCUGUGGUGAAGUUGUUAGAGACCCUGCAGGAGUGGCUGGUGAGCCUUCCAUUAGACAAAAUCCCUUAUGAUGCUAUUCUAGAUCUGGUCAACAACAAAAUGCGGAUUUCUGGGAUAUUUCUCACUAAGAGAACGGAGUGGGUUGGCUGUCAGGGCAGCAGGCCGGAGCUCAGAGGCUAUACUUGCUCCCUUUGGAAGCUGUUUCAUACCCUAACUGUGCAAGCUGCGCUGCGACCAACAGCUUUGAUAAAUACAGGUCUCGAAGACAAUCCCAGAAUAGUGCUUGAGGUCAUGCAGAGAUACGUCCAUCACUUCUUUGGAUGCAAGGCUUGUGCUCAGCACUUCGAGGAGAUGGCGAAGGAAUCCAUGGACUCGGUGCAAACCUGGGACAGGGCUGUUCUCUGGCUCUGGGAGAAACACAAUGUAGUCAAUAGCAGACUUGCAGGUGAUCUGACAGAAGACCCAAAAUUUCCCAAAGUUCAGUGGCCAACCCCAGACCUCUGUCCUGCGUGUCACGAGGAAGUUAAAGGGUUACACAGCUGGAACGAGGCCCAAGUUCUGCAGUUCAUGAAGCAUCACUACGACAGUGGAAAUAUUCUGAAUAAAUACGUUGAGAGCCAGGCUGACCCCAGUGAUACUGAACUAAAAGAUGCAAGGGAGGAGAAAGACAAAAGCCUGCAGGAGAAACCAGGUGGAAAUAGAGAAAACGUGGUCGUGAACCAAGAACUCAUAAGAGAUUCAGAAUCUAAGCUGUUCAAUAAGCUCACAGGGAACCACGGACCUGUCAGAGACAGCAGUAAGGGUGCAUUUGAGGCCGUUCACCAUCAGGAGAGCAGGCAGUCUGUCAUUUUCUUAGGGAUUGGAUUUUCCAACAUAGACAUGAGUCUGUGUGUCGUCCUGUAUGUGGCAUCAUCCUUAUUUCUGAUGAUCAUGUACUUUUUUUUCCGAAUGAGAUCUAAAAGGUGGAAGGUGAAGUACUAUCGCCCGUCUGUGUAACAGCUCACGGUGGAGCCAGGUUGUUUCUGUUGGACGUGGCUGUUCAGUACCAGAUAGGACUUCAAUAUUAAUGAUCAGGGAUUUUAUAUGCAGUAUUCCUUGUUUUAAAACCCUUUCUCCCCAAGUCAUUUCACAAGUGUUCUAGCUUAAUGUAAGGCGCCUGCUGUAAGAACCCCAGCCUUUCUCUCUGAGGCACACGGUGCUGUCACAAAAUACCCAGUGAGGGAAGUGUUGCAUUUUUCAGUGAGGAUUUUUCCCUGGCUUACAUCAUUUACUCACUUGCAGAGUAAGCAUGACUUUAUGCAAUCAGCAUUGGUACCGGUGUAGGCUAUGAGGUCUGCUUUAAAUCGAUUCUAAACCUCUGUGACUUUCUCAAGUAUUGCUCACACUGCAUACAUAGAGUAGAAAGCGUCUUCAAGCACUUCUUCCAUUCCCUCGUGUUGCCAAGGAUGUGUGUGCCUCUGCAAGGACAGGAGGCCUGGGCUGGUGUGCAUCUCUGCAAGCAGCCUGAUUGUGUUUGCUGAUGCCAUCAUCCAUUUAAUGGAGUUCAGGUGUAAGCAACAACCAACUCAGACCCGAUGCUUUGUGUGCACCACUGUUGGCUGUAUUAACAGAGCGUUGGAUGGCUCAUUGGAGCAGGAGCAGCUCAGUACUGAAUGUGGUCUUAGCCAAGUGCCAAUUCUGCUGGACUGCAGGGAAGAGAAACACCAUUUGUAGUGAAGGAAACCGAGGCUGUUUGCAUCAGCGUGCCAGAGCAGAUGCUCAGGUGUAGAAAUACAACAUUCCUUAAA